CCCACUGCCCGCCUCCACAGGGUUUUUUCCCAGGCCCCACACCCUCACUCCGUGCGACCUGGACUCCCACGGCGGGACCCGGGCGCACGCCUCUUCCUGCCGCGGGGCGGAGUCGCUGCCGCUCCGGGUCUUUGUCCCCGCCUCCGAGACCCCCGCGCGCCCCCAGCACUUCCGGCCGCAGGAGCCCAGGGUUCUUGCCGGGCAGCGUCUCCCGUGGCCAGGUCGCCUCCUGCUGGGACCCGGGCGCGCUGCAGCCGCGGAGCCAGGUGCCCGCCCCUCUUCCCGCCGGGGGCGGAGUCGCUGCCGCUCCGGGUCCCAGUCCCCGCCUCCGAGACCCCCGCGCGCCUCCUCCAGGCGAGCUGCGGGGCUGGAAGGGUCCGGCCGCCGUGGGCCGCUGCCAGCCGCGGGGCUGCCGAGGGCCGCGGGCACGGGGCGCUGGCUCCGGGUCUGGCGUCCGCUGAUGGGAGGCGGAGCCCCAGCGGGCGAGCGGCGGCGCGGCGGCCACCAUGGGGAACAAGCAGACCAUCUUCACCGAAGAGCAGCUAGACAACUACCAGGACUGCACCUUCUUCAAUAAGAAGGACAUCCUCAAGUAGAUCCGAUUGCACCCCAGGACACAGCUCCUCCAUUCCCACACUGAGCCCGAGUGGGCAGCCCACCCUAUUCAAUCACCUUGCUUUUUAUAGGCUGCAUUCGCGAUUCUACGAGCUGGCCCCCAACCUCGUCCCAAUGGACUACAGGAAAAGCCCCAUCGUCCACGUGCCCAUGAGCCUCAUCAUCCAGAUGCCAGAGCUCCGGGAGAAUCCCUUCAAAGAAAGGAUCGUGGCGGCGUUUUCCGAGGAUGGUGAGGGGAACCUCACCUUCAACGACUUUGUGGACAUGUUUUCCGUGCUCUGCGAGUCGGCUCCCCGAGAGCUCAAGGCAAACUAUGCCUUCAAGAUCUAUGACUUCAACACUGACAACUUCAUCUGCAAGGAGGACCUGGAGCUGACGCUGGCCCGGCUCACUAAGUCAGAACUGGAUGAGGAGGAGGUGGUACUUGUGUGCGACAAGGUCAUUGAGGAGGCUGACUUGGACGGUGACGGCAAGCUGGGCUUUGCUGACUUCGAGGACAUGAUUGCCAAGGCCCCUGACUUCCUCAGCACUUUCCACAUCCGGAUCUGAGGACACUGCCGAGGCUGCAGGGGCCUAGAAGUCCACCGUCCUGCCCUGUAGUCACAUGGGUGUGGCCUCCAAGCUCCCCAGGAAAGCAGUGGCAGCCUCUGGGGUUUACACCACGAAUAUAUCCUGUGGCCCUUUCAGCAAAAAAAAAACCUUAACCAGGAGGGGGGCCUGUGAGGGUUAGGACCCUUCCCACAGCCCCCCUGUGGUCCAGCCCCGGGACCCAUGGCCUCUCUCCAGGCCCUCCGCACCCCGCCCCAUGCCCCAGUCCUUUCCUACUCCAGAAAUGCUCCCCACCCCCGCAGAGGGAAAGGCAGAUAACCCAACAGGAGGUGGUGGGGUCUGACAUGUCCAAGUGCCAGCAGACACCCUGGUCACCCAGGACAGAGUGGAAAAAAAAAAAGAGGUCAGGGUUUUAACGAGCUAUGCAAUCUUUUUCCAAAACCCAAGGUUGGGCUGCUCCCCACCCCUGCCUGUUCCCCUUCUCCCGGCCUCCUUCACAAUGUGAAGCUGUGGGCGCAGUGGGCCUAAGGGCUCUUUCUUGCCCGUGUCUCUGCCUCUGGGUCAUGAGUACCACCCUGCCUGCCCUCCCCAACACCGUGGAAUCCUCACUGGUGUGCCGUCCACAGAUUUGUGAACUCCUGGUAGUAAAACACUUUUGCAUCCCUUUGCUCUCCAUGU